GCACGAUCGAGUUGCAAGAUAUAUUCAAUUCCUGUGCUGUCUUUUGUAAAAUGUUAUCCAGCAUCAGUGAAGAAAAAAAGUGGGAACGAGAUGGAAUAAUUUUUCAGAUAUUGAUGAGCGUGUGUGCCAAUGUUGUUGUGAUGGGUCCGGCGAUGAGCUUUGGUUACAGUGCCGUGGCAGAACCCGUGAUGAGAGCUCCAAAAACCAAUGAUUUACAACUCGACGCUGUUCAGGCAAAUUGGAUGGCUACUGCAUCUGCGUUGGGUAUACCCCUUGGUUGUUUUGUCUCGAGCUUUGUGAUGAGACGAGGAAGGAAGAUCAGCAUGUUUGUGACGUCAUUAAUUUCACUGGUGGGUUGGGUGACUAUUUACAUGUCGAACAGUUACGUACAGAUUCUUGUAGGAAGAACGAUUUCCGGUGUAUCUGUAGGCAUGGCAUCGGUCCCGACGACGGUAUAUGUGGCAGAAAUAACGGGGCCGAAGUGGCGAAGUACGAUGAUCACGUGGACCAGCUUCUUCAUGGGUCUCGGUAUUCUCCUCAUUUAUAUCUUUGGAUAUAUUUUCAAGGAUGAUUGGCGACUAAUGGCCUUGAUGUGUGGUCUACUUCCAGUGAUGGCGAUUAUUCUGGCUUUGCUAGUGAUACCAGAGUCACCACUAUGGCUCCGGGAUCAGAAUCGGUCCGAGGAAGCGCUGGAGAUCAUGAGAAAGUUCCGUGGUAUACCAAAAGGCAAGCCGACUCCUACAGAACUUUUGCUUGAACUGGAACCGCGGCCACAGAGGGAGAAUCAAAAUCUACUACAACAUUUGAUGAAGAGAAGUUCUGUGAUGCCAUUUGUUAUAAUGCUCAGCUACUUCUUCUUUCAGCAAUUCUCUGGAAUUUUUGUUGUUAUAUACAACGCUGUCACGAUUAUGGAUAAGUCUGGUGUCCAGAUAGAUCCUUACAUCGGCGCCGUCAUAAUUGGCGUAGCACGUCUCAUAGCUUGUCUCCUAACGAGCGCAGUGUCUCAAAAAUUCGGACGACGAAUCUCGUCGAUAAUUUCCGGCAUCGGGAUGACGAUUUUCAUGGCUAGUUUAUCGCUAUACCUCUUCCUAGCUGAAAAUGGAAUUGUCAUAUCAGAUAAAGGGAUAAUCCCAGUAGCAUGUAUAAUCUUGUAUAUUUUCGCGAGCACUUUAGGUUACCUAAUAAUUCCGUUCGCCAUGGUGGGCGAAAUAUAUCCGUCCAAAGUCAAAGAUAUACUAUCCAACUGGACGGUCGCUAUAGGUUAUAUCUUUAGCGCGAUAACUGUUAAGACAUAUCCGGAUAUGCUGAAAUUGAUGAACAUGCACGGCGUUUUUUUCUUCUUCGGUAUUGUCUCCUUUAUCGGUUUAAUAUUUAUCAUAUUAUUCUUGCCCGAGACGAAGGGAAAGACUUUGAGCGAGAUUGAGGAUAUGUUCUCCAAGAAGAAGAUGUCUGAAUUAUCAACGAAAGGAGCAAUUCCAAGUAUUUCAAACGCGUCGGUUCUCUAAAAAUUGAAAAAGUUGCUUUUAGGUGUUAAAAAAUAAAGCGUGGUUCGAAAUUAAUAUUCAAUAUCCGAAGAAAGUCGAAAUCAAACCGCACUGUGGAAAUUGUGAAGUUGAUGAAAUAAAUGUUAUGUCAUUUUGUGAUGCUUCGAAUCGCAAUGAUUGAUAAAAGAUAUGAUUAAAAUGAUGAAAUAACUCAAUGUUUAUUUCAAAUGCGAGAUCUCUU